GUCCAAUUUGGAUGGCUAGUAGUAAAUGAAAAUAAGAGUUCUACUUCUAAGCAAGCCUUAUUUUUAAUAAUGUUUAUACCAUCUAGAGAAGUACUAGAAGUUUGGUCUAUGCAUAACUAUGAAAAAAUAUCUAUGUCUAAAGUGUCUAAAACUGGAAAGCUUUUUUACACAAAUUUUGGUUUGUUUGGAGCUCUAAGUACAUCAAGAAUGAACAUAUACAAUGCUAAUUAUCAUUGUUAUUUUAUAGAUGAAACAGAAAAUAUUACAGAAAUAAAUGUACCUUAUCACUGUAUAGAAAAUUGCUCUAACAGUCAACUUUCUCAAGAUAUGUAUACAUUUAAAACAUUCAAGUCAUUAUGUAAAAGUGAAAAUUUAGAUAAUGAAAUCCUCUGUGAAGAAGUAGUGAAGUUAGUCAAUAAUUUAAUGACUGAUAAAGUAAGGCAACAAGCAUUUGAUUAUAUUACAACCAGUAAACGCAUAACACAAAACGUUUUGGUCGCAUUUUUGAAAAACUUUCAAACAAAUUUAAAAGAAAAAAAACUAGGUGACCCUCAAAAUUAUGAUGAAAAUUUAUUGAAAAAUACUAAUAACCAUUUAAAGCUUAUAAUGUUUUUCAAAUUUUUAUCCAAUUUCCAAAAAAAGCAUCGUUUUCAAGCAUUACCUUUAUCAGCUGAAGAUAAAAUUCAAGAAUUGUGUAAAACACUUCGUUUAAGCGAUCAGGAUAUGGAUAAAAUUAUUUCUCUACUACCUAUUGAACSAAAAAAAAAAACUGUAGUGAUGUUCAGUGAAGACGUGAAAUCGAUAAAUUUAGUUGAAUUACUAUCUUAUUUUAAUACAACUGGUGAAAAUGUAUCUAUAAACAUUGAUAAAAAUGUAGAUGAAUUAUGUAAACAUAUAUUUGAACCUAUUAUGCUUUUUGAUAAUGAUAUCGGAGAAUGGAAUUCUGCAUGGAUAGCUAGUGGUAUUCAAUCAUCAGAUAUGGUUUAUUUAGCUGUUAAAUAUUGGCUAUCAAAACCUCUCACCUUAACAGUAGUAACAGAAAUGUUAAAUUUUCACAGAGUAAUUGACACAAUCUGUAAUUCUAAUGGUGUAAAAUUUGAUUGGGAAGUAAUACAAGAUCAGUUUUCGUGUAGUUCAAAUACCUUUGCUUGUUUUACUGGAGCUWUAAUUUGUAAAACAAUUGCAUCUAGUAGAACAACAGUCAAUGUUAGCAAUGAAUGGGAAUGUAUYUCUGGAAAUGACUAUCAAUGGAAUAUAUUAAUUGAAAGACUUGAGCAGUUGUGCCAUCUCAAUGCAACAUUAAAAUAUUGUUCAAMACAACCAGUUGGAACACUUCACUGUUUAAAAUAUGAAUACUCAUCGAUUACACUAAUAGAUUUACURCAACUUGGACGUG